AUGGAAGGGAACCAACUCUCUGUCCUGCCUGGAGAUAUCCAUGAAAUUCAGGGUAGCGAUUACAUGACUUUGGAUGAGUGCGGUAUCAGGCGUGACGGCUUGGAAGGCCAGGGGGAUGUUGCAGGUGAACAACCUGCUGCUGCAUUUCACCGACUUCCUCGGGUCGUUAUCGAGAGAAUAUUACGCUUGGUUGAUGCAAACUGCUUUGCUUCACUAACCUUGAUCAACCGUGCAUGGCGACAGAUAUCUGAUUGUCCAAGUCUGUAUCGUCACCAUUUAGCAGACUACUAUUCGCCGUCAGAUUCAGCCGCGGAGACUCUGGAAUCAGCCAGUCUUGAGAGACUGAAAGCGAAAUUCAUCCAGGUUGCCAGAAGCCAUGUUUUUGCUGCGUUUCUUCGGCCAAAGCAGACCGUUGUGAAACUUAUAUCAGCAUCAGUAAGCUCUUCCUCCGCCUCCCCGCAAGGUGAAGCGUUGCGGUUCAUCUUCUCUGCUCAUGGCCGGUUACUCCUGGCGUUAAGUUCAUCUAGGAUUUUCGUGAUAGAUCUUACAAAAGAGCAUAUCUCGAUACUCCAUGAACUGAAGAUACUACGCCGUCCUACCACGGCUGCAAUUCUCGAUGACGGUUCCCUAUUAGCUGUUGCAUCUUCUGGUCACCGGGUACGGUUGUAUGAGCUGCAAGUCCAGCAUGCUAGACUUCUUCAGACAAUUGAGCUUCACGAGGUCCCGUUGUCCCUAGAGUUUUCACCCUAUGCCUCUGUCCUGGCAGUUGCAUUUGACGGUGGGAUUGAAAUUUAUGCUUUGGGAGAAAAUAUAUUAUCCACUGCCCAUCGAGCAGUGAGGUGUGAGGGAAUAUCAACGUUAACGUUUUCCUCUGAUGGUUCCAUGCUCUUUGGUUCUUCAGACGACCCUCACGCCAACAACUUUAUCAUGAUAUCCCCUCCCCUUCUUCCUGACCCUGGGUUUGAUCUUAGCCUACCAGAGCUCCACAGUCGGAUGUGGACAACGCAGAUUCUUUUCCCAGAGGUUGGUGAGGGCUACUGCUAUUCUAGUUUGAUACCCCCUGCCGAAAGUGGUGACCACUCUAUCUUCUUUGUAGGGUACGAUAAUCGUGUGAAGGCCUUCCGUAUAUCCCAAGUCGAUAAUAUCACGGGCGGAACACUUUAUCUAGUCGGGCCUGGAGCUGAUAUAGAGAGAGACGAGCCUCGACCAAAUUUACUACCUGUUGCUAGUGAAAACGGUAAAUAUAUAGCAGCAAGCUUUGAGAAGUCUGGGAUAUGGAUAUUUGGAGUCCCGGCAUCAAGGACAAAGCCUGAAGAUUCUGGAAAGGAUUCUCAAGCACGUCCCCAACCUACCAUCCCUCGCAUCGAUGAAAAUGGUUCUUUAUCAUACGAGGCUACCAACUUUCAACGUCUCAAUAAACAUAUCGAAAGCUCAAAGAGCUUUAUAUCCGGGCAUCCAAUUGAAGCAACCAACGAUAUUACGGAUAUGAGAUGGAUGCGGAACACGAAAGGGGAGACUUCUAGUUCCAGGAAGCUAUGUAGGCUUGUUGCAGUAGCACCGGGGGGCGUCGACUCUUCUUUCAGCAUGAUUACCGGGGAUACUAUGCCUAUUGAUGGGGGCAGGGUCAUUUUGUUUGAUUUUGAGCUCUCCCCGAAAAACGGCGCCCAUGAAGAACUCAUUAUUGAAGCUGGCGAGGCAGUCCCAACUGAGCUGCCUGAACAAGGAGCAACGCUCGAUGCUGAAGUCGAGCUCGAGAAAAGGAGAGCCCAAAUCAGUCGUCAGAGAACUAUGGCUGCCAGACAUACGCCAUCAAGGUCGAACUGGCGUAAUAGCAUACCUCCUGUCGUAUCUCAUGCCGAUGAAGAACCGUCAUCACCCCCCCUCCCACCAACUCCCGGGGGCGGGGCCAGGAGUGCUCUACCCUUUCUAGAUAGCCCGUAUAGCAAUACCUCUCCUCGCUCUACAGAAACACUACGACGGGCAGCGACGGCGGCGUCUCGUAGCCUCGCUGCAAGUAGAUUUGAAACGGCCCGUCCAGCCCUCAAUUCUGGGCCUCGCCGCAGACAGUUUGUCGUGCCCCAUGAGAGUGAUGCGGAUAACUGGGUUCCGCCGCCCCCUCCAUACACGGAAGAUGCAAGCGAUCCUCUACCGGACCACUUUCGGAUGGGUAUUCUACCAAGUGCUACGGAGCCUCCACCUGGUAGCCCGCCUAGAGAUGUCGGCCACGGGCUACGCAGGUCGCGGACAUCAACUAUUGACUCCUCGGGAAGCUCAUCGUUACAUCGUUCGCAAACAACUAUAAGCCGGCCUAGCAUCACGAUACCAAGACGCCCUCUUCCUUCUAAUAGUGCCACUAACAGCCCAAUAAACUACCCCAACACAUCUUUAAUUUCAGAUAUCUCGCCUCCGAACCUAGUCGCGAGUGGUAAUAGGCAUUUGUCGAAUAGUCAGGUUGGCAUUAGCACAACCAGCAUGAGUUCUCCGCCGCCUUCCAACAAUACCCCUACUAAUAUUGGCCCUGCUUUUCCUCUACCCCAUAUUCCUUCCAUGCAACAUCCCACAGCCUUGACACCGGCCAAUUUCACUUCCUUGCCUGGCCAUGCUGCACCAUCCAAUCUACCACCACAAGCGACGGGGAACCAGGCUUGCGUGCAAAAUAUGAAUACAAUUACUCCAGAUCACUCACACCCAAGCAUAUCAGGGCACCAGGCCGCGCAACUGGAUACCCUGCAACGGCAUCCCUAUAUACCUUCACCAAACCCAGUGUCCAUGACACACACUUCUCACCCUCCAGACUCCUCACCAAAUGUUCCUACAUUGCCUGUUGAACGCCAGAUAUCCGGAACAAGCUCACUCCCCGACGAACCUCAGGGGAACCCCCAGUCACGCGGUGGUCGCUGGCUCUCUACUAACUACAGAUCCUCUGACAAUUCACAUCCUGGAGUCCAAAGAUCGCGGUCUCGCUCUCAGGAUGUGCCUCGGCGUCGUUUAAAUACAGGGGGAGGUCUUUUUGACAAACGCACUGGUCGCAAUAUUCUAACGUCCCAGUCUGAUAUUCGAUUAAAUUCUACGGCACGGUCAGACGACUGGAAAGAACAAUGGACCAAGCUGAAGGGCGAACGAAAGAGGAACAAAGAUUCAAAGUGUGCAGUAAUGUAA